AUGCAUUCAUCCAGGUCUUCUUUGAGAAGUUCAAUUGAUAAUUUCGAUUGGAUAGACCUUGCAGAUGCCAUGGAAAGUACCUUUGGGUCUCCAAACAUUUCGCCGAAUGUAGAGGCUCCACUCCAAGAAAAGUCGAAAGAAAGAAGCGAAAGACAGGGUUCAAUUACAUUGGCAUAUGGACAGGAAUUUGAUUCUCUAACACCCACUUCUAAUACCGCAUCGAAGUCCAUUCUUCCAUGGAUUCACUUUUUCGUAACGGGCGGGAUUUUCACUUUAAUGAUUGUUAGCUUUGCUGAUAUUUAUCACAUGUUUCGGUUCAAAGAAAGACUUUUUCUAGGUUAUAUGACUUCCGGACUACUUGAAUUUUUUUCUUGCAGCAUUGCUUUACUUGGUUUGUAUCUGGCGAUUCUUUGGGGUUUAUUAACUUCUUAUGUCGAAAUUCUGGAAGCAGAAGAAGUGAGUCGAAAUCGACUUUUGUAUAAAACACACAGAUAUUUUUUACAAACUUAUUGUGGACUACGACCGUACAUGACAUUUGCCCGAUGA